GCGUUUGCAGGCGGCUGCGAGGGAAGGAUGAAGGUCUCUUUCCAGACCGGGCUCUGAGGGCGAGAGUAGGGACAGCGUGGGAGGGGGUGGCCUGCAGUCUCUCUCCCCCCCACCCCUAAAGGGACAAGGACGGACUCCUCAGCUUUGGCAGAUCGAACCCAAACCCCGGCCCUUUGUCUGCCGACGAGAGCCAGAUGUGCGGGCAUCUGUGGCGGGGAGCGGGCAGACGGAUGACAGCGGUGCUGGGCGGCGGGAGGAGAAUCCAAGGGAACGAACUUGAGGAGGAACUUGAAAGGUGCAGCCAAGGGCAAAAAUGAACAAUUUGGGGAGGAGGUGGAGAAGCUCUGACUGAAGGCACCAGCUCUGCUGGGGGGUGUUAUGUGCUGGGGGAGGGGGGCACCAGGCAGGGCAGGCAGCAGAAGGGGCUGAGAGGUGCCAGGGUCUCGCAUGGAGCAGCUUCUCCCACGGAUGCUGUCCCCACCCGUCUGUCACCCCACAUCCUGCUCUGGAUGAGCCUUUCCUACUUGGGAAGAAGCCAGUCCCACCACCUAAAAAUGAGACCCGUCCACCCCAGCUUGCUCUUGCUCUGCCUGGUGGCUGCCGCCGCCAUCCCCAUCGUGCCCUGGAAGGUGAAAUGUCCCCUGCAGUGUGUUUGCCAGAUCAGACCCUGGUACACUCCCCGCUCCGUCUACCGCGAGGCUGCCACUGUGGACUGCAAUGACCUCUUCAUCUCUGCUGUGCCCGAGGACCUGCCAGAGGGGACCCAGACCCUGCUCCUGCAAAGCAACAACAUUGCCAGGUUGGAGCAGAGUGAGGUGGACUAUCUCAGGAACCUCUCGGAGCUGGACCUGUCUCAGAACAGCUUCUCGGAUGUCUGGGACUUUGGCCUGAAGAGCAUGCCCCAGCUGCUCAGCUUGCACCUGGAGGAGAACCAGUUCACUGAGCUGCCUGAUGGCAGCUUCCCCGGGCUGGGAAACCUUCAGGAGCUCUACCUGAACCACAACCAACUCCAUAGGAUCGCUCCCCGCGCCUUCUCUGGCCUCGGGAACCUCCUGCGUCUCCACCUCAACUCCAAUUUGCUGAGGACGGUCGACAGCCGCUGGUUCCAGAUGCUCCCCAGCCUGGAGAUCCUCAUGAUCGGAGGCAACAGAGUGGAUGCCAUCUUGGAUAUGAAUUUCAGGCCCCUGUCCAACCUGCGGAGUUUGGUUUUGGCAGGGAUGAACUUGAGGGAGAUCUCGGACCACGCACUGGAGGGGCUGCGGAGCCUGGAGAGCCUCUCCUUCUAUGACAACAAACUCAUGAAUGUCCCCAAGAGAGCCCUGCAGCAAGUUCCUGGCCUCAAGUUCCUGGAUCUGAACAAAAACCCAUUGCAGAGGGUCAGGCAAAGUGACUUCACCAACAUGCUGCACCUCAAAGAGCUGGGGCUCAACAACAUGGAAGAGCUGGUGUCCAUAGACAAGUUUGCCUUGAUCAACCUCCCCGAGCUGACCAAGCUGGACGUGACCAACAACCCCAAGCUGUCCUUCAUCCACCCCAAUGCCUUCCACCACCUUCCCCAACUGGAAACCCUCAUGCUCAACAACAAUGCCCUAAGUGCCUUGCAUAAGCAGACGGUGGAGUCCCUGCCCAACCUGCAGGAGAUCAGCAUCCACAGCAACCCCAUCCGCUGCGACUGUGUCAUCCGCUGGGUCAACAGCACCGAGAACCACAUCCGCUUCAUCGAGCCCCAGUCCACCCUCUGUGCUGAGCCCCCUGACCUCAAAAGGAGACACAUCCGGGAUGUCCCUUUCCGGGAGAUGACGGAUCGAUGCCUGCCCCUCAUCUCCACCAAGAGUUUCCCUUCCCACUUAGAGGUGAUGGAUGGGGACAAUAUCUCCUUGCACUGCCGAGCUCUGGCAGAACCAGACCCAGAAAUCUACUGGGUCACCCCUCUGGGGGUGAAGCUGAUUCCCUGUGUGGAAGAUGGGAAGUUCAAGGUGCAUCCUGAAGGGACACUGGAGAUUCGUGAGAUCUCAGCUCAGGAGGCCGGGCUGUACACUUGUGUGGCUCACAACCUCCUUGGGGCAGACACUAAGAGCAUCAGUGUGAGGGUCAACCACUCCUUCCCAUUCAACGAGGACAGCGUGGAGCUGGUGGUGGUGGAUGUCCAUGCCUACCACAUCCUCGUUGCCUGGAAGCCACAUCUCAACACCAUCUCUGCCAACCUCACUUGGUCCAGCUUCUUGCUUAGCUCCAACUUGGACAUGACCAACGUGGCCCGGAUCCCCAUGGGCACCCACACCUACAACAUCACCCGGCUCCACCAGGACACAGAGUACUGGGCUUGCCUCCAUGUGGCCUUUGUAGACUUGCAGGCCAAGGUGGCUUGUGUGAACACCAGGACUAAAGAGGCUGCCCGAUGGUCCUGGCUCCUGGAGGGCAGGCAGAGCUUCCUGACCAUCCUGCUCCUCUGUCUCCUGCUCCUUGCUGCCGGCCUUGUGGCUCGCUACGGUGUCAGGGCAGAGCCCAGGAGGGCCAGGGAGGUGCUGGGGGGUGCCAAUGCCCUGCGUGUGGUCUAUCCCCCCCUUGGCCACCCCUGGGCUUGGGGGCAACAUGGGGGGCAGCUCCUGGCUGUGGAAGUGCAAGCAGCACCCCUGGACUGCUGAAGUUUGACACACUGCUUGACCAGGGGGUAGUUUGGGGCUGGGGACGGAGAAACUUUUUUUACCAAAAAAACCCCAAAACAAAACAAAAAGCAAAGCUAAAAGUAAAAAAACUGAACAAAACCAACAAAAAAUAGAAUUUCACAGACUUGACCAAGAGUGGAAGUGGUGUGGCUGGUGGAGAGGAGCAGAGCUGGCCACGGGGCUUGCCUCUUUGUGGUCCUGGCAGGGUCUUGAUCCAUGUGUAGAGUCUGGAUCUGUGCGUGGCUCCCAAAAACACCACUGAGCAACUAGGGGAGGGGGGAGAGCUGAGGGUCAUAAGCCUGAGGGGGAUGAUGCCCCAAGCAGUCACAGAGCCAUACAGCUUAUCAGCAGAUCACUUCUUCCCCACAUGCCCCCAGCACCAGGAGACCCCCCCUCAGCAGUGUCAGCUCCUUUGCUGGAUAGUCCCUGUUUUGAAAAUAUAUAAUUUAAAAAAGGCCUUUCCCUCUGGGGUAUAUGUUCUUUUUUUUUGGCUUUUUUUUUUUUUUUUUUUUUUGAGAUAAACUCCCAACCCACCCUCAGCCCCUUCCCAUUUCAUUCUUGUUGGCCAGAGGGAAGCAGAGGGGAAAGGAAAGGACUUUGAGCAAAAGGAACAGGAAAGGUGAUGGUGAAACAACUCAUAAUUGGCAUCACCAUCGGUCUGGCCAGCUUCUGCCAGAGGUGAUUGGAUUCUGGAUCCUGGCAGUGUAAUCUCAAGGUUAUUUUGUAAAGUUUUGUGGAUAAUGGUAAAGAAAAAAAAAAGAAAACAAGGAAAAAAUGGAAAGAAAAAUGUGUGUGGGGGGAGGAAGUUCUUGAUUUUCUGUUUUUGUAUAAAAGGAACAG